AUGAGUCGCAAAGAAGCUUUGUCUUCGUUCAUUCAGCAAAUCCACGCUAGGCCUGUUGUUGUGAAACUCAAUAGUGGAGUGGAUUACAGAGGAGUUCUAGCUUGUUUGGAUGGAUAUAUGAACAUAGCACUAGAACAAACAGAGGAAUAUGUGAAUGGUCAAUUGAAAAACAAAUUUGGGGAUGCUUUUAUAAGAGGAAACAAUGUUCUUUACAUAAGUACACAGAAAAGGCGAUACUGA